AUGAAUUUGCAGGAUAACGGUCUUGGAAGUUCCUCGGUGAAACCGCGGAGCAAGCGAUCUUAUCACCGUCAUUCAACAAAGUUAUCAAUAAAAGACCUUGCUCUUGAGCUGGCAAAAAAACAUGUAAGUAGCAUUCAAAAAUUAGAUAGCACAUUAAGUACUACUGUAAAUGGUCUUAAGCCUUCUUUUCCAUGGCAGUUUCAAUUCAACUUAAGUGUUUUUUGUCUCAUCUGAAUCUAACUUAUUUGCUAGUUUCCAGGCCAUUUUAUCAUGAUCACCUGUUCGGAAUUUUCUCCAGUGGCGGAUCCAGAGGAGGGACCCGGGAGACCCGCCCCCCACCCCCACCUCUUAAUUUAAGACCAAACGGAGGCCCGAAGAGCCGAAAAAAAUUUUUUAGAGACCGACCCCCUCCCCCCCUCACAUAUUAUCUCAGGGUCUGGAUGACUACCCCCUCUCACUUAUCUGAAGGUCCGGAUCCGCCAGUGAACUCUACCUAGGCCUCCUCAGUUUUGAGCGCGGUAAUGCGAUUUCACGACUCACGAGCUACAGCCAAGCAGGUAGUUUCACUUUUUGAAACUUGCUUUCAGAAUUGCUGUUGAUAGUUAGUUUCUUUACAUUGUGGGCUGUUGGGAAUAUACGCUGCUAUAGUGUUAAUUCUAAAUGACAGGUGUCUCUAUGAUCCGUUCCUCCUUUUCACAUUUUUAGUUGCUGAAGAUGAUCAUCAAUGAGCAGCAUGACCUGGACAAAGCCAAGGAGAGUGUCUACAUUCUUCAGAGAGGUUUGUUUUCCUUUGUUUUCGGCGCCCAAACAAGGUUUCUUCAUCACUAGACCACGUUAUCACGGGUUAUUAACUACGCAAAACAAAGUCUACAAAGAUACAACAUGCAUGCGCGAAUUGUGACGGUCUCAUUUACCAAGUACAGGAACUGCAAAUGGGAGAUCAAACAGUGGAUGUUAACUUUGUCAUCAAAGCAGAAAACUACUUUUUAGUGGCCACCUUAGUGUCCUUCUGUUCACACUCCGAACUUGCUUUUAAACCCAAUUUCAUUAUAAAACCAUUUUUUAAAAUUUGUCAAGGUGGACACAAAGAUCACUUCACUGUAUAUAACACACAACUUUCAAGAGUAAGUUGUUUGAUGACCUCCGGAGAAGUGUAUUUGAGGGUUUUAUACACCUGCACUUAUGCCGUAGUCAAUGACCGUUGGGGCGCCACAGACGUUGUAACCCUCUCCCUCCAUUUUAUUUUGUUUCCAGCUUUUCUUCCGGCAUGGCAAAACUUCAACCCUGUCCAUUCGGCGAUGUUGUUUUCCCAACGCUUCAUUUGUCGGCCCCUUCUUCUCCCUCCUUGCACUGUUCCUUGUAAAAUCGCCUUAGCAAGCCCUGAUGAUCUUGAUACAUGCCCAAACUACUUUAGGGUUUUACAGGUGUCUAUAAAAGAUGUAAAUGUUUUGUUUCGGUGGGCCGAAGCUCACUUGACUCUCUUUAAAGGCACUCCAAUAAAAGCUAAUAAAAAAUCAGAAAAAUGACAAAGAUAGUGCAAGUUAUAUCACAAGAUCUGAGGACAGAAAUGGGAGCUAGUCGUCCGGAGUUUGACGCGCGUACCGCGGUCACAUUACCUCCAUAACUGACGUUUUACUAUUUGAUAAUCUGCUAGGAAGUUAUCAUCAGACACUGUGUCUAUUCCUUGCAGAUAGCUGCACCCACAUUAAGUCUAUUGGCAAACCUGUGACUCACAACAAUCGGCACCAUACUCAAGGAGCAUGGAUGAAAGAUCCGCUAGGAAUCAUGGGUACUGAGACCAUAUUUGUUAUGGAGUACUACCACGCUAACGUACUUGAAGAAUUUCAAAACAUGGACAUGUUCAAAGCAGGCAUCGCUCGUAAGAAGUACAAACUGCCUUACACGUGGGACGGAACAGGAGGAGUGGUGUAUGGACCUUACCUUUACUACAAUAGGUAACUUUCUACUUUUACUUAAAUAUUUAUACUUGGCAAAGGUUGCCCAUCGCGCCAAGGUAAAAUAAUGAAAUAAAAAGAAUCAUGUAAUUAAAUAAAUAAAAUCUGUUUCCGAACAGUGUGGACCAAAGAACAAAUGUCCAAAGACUUUGUACUUGUCAUACCUGUAUUCAUUCAAUCUGAGUUGAGUAUAGCCAACAGCAAAACGAGAGGCAAAAGGAGAUUAUUUCUUGGACUAUAUUUUAGCAGUGAAACUGUUUUCUGUCCUCUCCAGUGUAUCGCUUCACACCGAACCAUUGUUCAAAUCUCAAUUCCUAGACGACCUAGACGCCGUUAGCAAUUAUUCGGUAACAUUAAUUUUAUAUGAGAUUGCAUUAAUUGUCUAAUAUUUGUAAAGUAAACAAGUGACCGUCUUUUAAAUGAUAUAUUAUUAAAUGAGGCUGAGUAUAAUGUGAAGAAUUAUACAGGUCGAGGAGAAGGGUGGAGGACUUUAACAAGUUAUAACACCUCCUCGAGGACUUUCUUCAAUACUUUGGCCUGGAGGGGGGGGGAGGGGGGGGCGGUGGCCGGUCAUCCUAUGCAAAUCGGAAGAAGAAACAGUGAUUUCGCAAUCAAAAAACUGAAAUUAAACAAAGCCCCAGGGUGUGGUAAAAUAUUAAAUGAAGUGCUAAAAACCGGGAAAGAUAUCAUAAAAGGUCAUCUACUAGAGUUAUUCAAUCGUAUUUUAAGUUCAGGUAAAUAUCGUACGCUCUGCAGUUUUGGCCUCAUCGUCCCUAUACAUAAAAAGGAUGAUCGAUCAAAAGCUGAAAACUACCGAGGCAUCACGUUGCUCUCUGCAUUAGGUAAACUCUUCACAUCCAUCCUCAAUGAUCGAUUGUAUGCUUACUUGACCAAAAAAGGAAUUCUAAAAGCAGAACAAGGCGGGUUUAAAAAAAGGCACGGUAACGCAUAUAGCAUCUUCAUCUUAAAAACACUCAUAGAUAAGUUUGUUAAAUCUAAACCACAAAAACGCAGAAACUUGCUUUUCUCGUAUUUUGUAGAUUUUAGAAAAGCUUUGAUCGCAUACCCAGGCAAAAAUUAGGGCGUUUUUUAGAAAUAACAAGUCCUCAAAUUACUCUUCGUUUAAGUAUGGAGUAAAUAAACUAAACAAUGCUAAAUCUUAUAAAUAUCUGGGAAUGACGCUGAACCCGUAUGGAAAUUUUAGUUUAGUUAGAGAAGAGUUAAAAAACGUUGGGCUUAAGGCACUUUAUAAAGUAAGAAAAGAAAUGGGUGACAACUUUAGAGAAAAUAUUAUGCUGACGAUUAAGCUAUUCGAUGCUCUGAUAUCCCCCAUACUUCUCCUACGGAAGCGAAAUUUGGGAUGUUGACUGUAAUGACCAAAUAGAAAAAGAUCCCCAAGAACUAGUUCAAAUUAAAUUCUUGAAAUGGUUGCUAGGUGUAAAUAAACACUGCAGCAACAAUGCAUGUCAGAGGCUGAAACAGGAAGAUUCCCAAUAAAAAUCGAAGCACAAUAUAGGAAUUUUAAGUUUUGGCUAACUCUAACCAAACACCUAAAACACAAAUUAUCACAGGUGGUUUAUAAUGAUAUAAAGUCGAGGAUGAAUAAGGAAUUAUGGAGCCAAAAAAUCAAACGCGUAUUAGACCAAGCUUGCCACGUUUGGUAUCGAGUUGCACUCAAACCGAUAUUGCUUUCAUCUAACGAUAUCUUUGAAAUCUUUCAAGCCCAUUCAUUCCCGUACUAUAAUUUUUCUCCUACCGCACUGAUACUUACAAUUGGUGGUGUUUUUUGUUGUUGCAUGACAGAGCAGGUACGAACAACAUCGUCAAGUAUAAUCUGCAGACUGAGCGUGAGGAAAAACAGAUAGGCUUGCCUGGUCCAGCGAGGAAGACCAAUUACCAGUGGGGUGGUUACACUCAAUUUGAUCUCGCGGUUGACGAACAAGGAUUAUGGGCCUUAUGGGGCUACAGUGGUAACAGCUACAGACUGAGAGCGCAAAUGAUAGAUGUAUACAGAGGAACCAUAACCCACGCUUGGCACUUAAGUUCAGGUACUAUAACACUAAAGAGCUCCUAAACUAAAUACAAAAUGCCGUGCAGUAUUAUAAACAAGGCUAAUUUUGACUCCGUAAACGGAGUCAAAAUCAUUCCGUCCACUCUCAAAUGUGUAUAUCAUUGGCUAAUUGUUUUAAGGUACCAUCCACCCCUCAAAACCUUGCUAGCGAUUGUAGUUCUAAUAAUUACCCCUACAAACCGUACAUUUGCAGGUUACAAAUAAUUUCUUUUAAAAAUUCAAAAUUAACGCAUUUCAGAAACAAUGUUAGUUUGCCAAAGUAGAUGGCAGUAGUGAACCCGAUGAGAUCGCAUUGCCUCUUUACAUGUUUGACUACAAAACCCUGCCUCAGAUCUUCGUCAACUGCAUUUGUUCUUUCGUUAUGAGCAGAUGAGGUUAGGGAUGACAAGCCAUUAGUAAUACCCGUGAAAAAAUAAUAUUAAUAUAACUCGGGAAAACAAAAAAAAAGGAAAGAAAUUAAAACUCGCAGACACAGUUUUUAGAAUAACUAACUGACAGAAAGGUCACUUGGCCAAAUUUCCGCCAAUUGGGUCACGGGUUAUCGACUUGAAGCUCAAAAUGUACGCUCAACACGAGUUGGCCCUAUUUUCAUUUCGAGUAAAAAGGGAAAAUAAGUAGAUUCCUCAGUCAAUAGAGUGUUUUCACAUGACGUUACUGCGGCCAUAUUGGUGUUCCAAAACAAUAAAACGGCGGCCAUGUUGGUGUCCCAAACCAAUCCUGUGGAAGUUGAACUCAUUUCUUAUGCAAACGCUUUCUUUUGUUCCAAUACAUUUGCAUAGAUGCUGGCCAUGUGAGUGAAAACACUCUAUGAAAUUAAUUAGAAUAUAAAAUAUUUUUCGCCACAUAAGUCAGCGCAAAUAUAAAAUUUUUUCGCUAUUUUUUUAAAAAGAAAGUUCUGGACGAGUUCUAUCUAAUUAUCUUUAAAUUAUAAAUUUGAAAAAAAUGAUGAUUUUUUUUUACCAUGGGUGAUACCUUUAAACUGAAUAUCAUUUAACUUGGCAAGUCUGCAUUACUCAUUCAAUUGAAGAGUCAACUUUGCUCACUGUAGUGGGAGCUAGUUUAAUUGACUUAUUCCGAGUGUCCAUUUAAUAUUAUUUUGCAGAAGCUAUGAGCUCAAUGGGAAAUGCUUUUGUGGCCUGUGGGGUGAUCUACUGUAUUGACUCCUAUAACUCCAGGACAACAACCAUCAACCGUGCUUUAGACACCAAGACUGGAAAACAGUGGAACCCCAACAUUCAGUUCACCAAUCAGUUCGGCUACAAUUCCAUGGUGGCCUACAACCCCAGAGAAAGAGUGUUGUACGCCUGGGACAACAAGCGUUUGGUCACUUAUCCCAUCACAUUUGAGAAACAUUAGGCUGAUUACUGGAUCAGCAGGUGAUGGGUUUGAAAACAAUCUGAUAUUUUAAAGGGAUGCUUUGCUAUUAAAAGGAGAAAAUGGGGCAGUUCACAGCAACUCAAGAAACUCAAGAAACAACUGAACAACUAUAUUGAACUAUGCAGCCGGCGUGGCAGGCGCCAAAAAGUGUGACCGCUUUUGAUUUAUUCACAUUCUUUCGUGCAGAUUUAAUCCAAUCAGAAGACAGCUGGAAACUGUCCUCGACUUCUGAUUGGUUAAUGAAAGAAUGUGCGUUAAUUAAAGGAGGUCACACUUUUGGGCUCCUUGCUGAAAUAACACCUGUAAGUAGUCCAAACGUCCACACACCAUACAGUCCAAUAUUGUAAAGUUGUUAUCGAAUAAUUAUAUCAACCGCUCAAAAUUUCAGUGGUGGCCAGUUUAGUGGCGGAAUUUUACUGAAAUUGUUGGGUUUUUUUGUUCUUCUUUUCUCAGCGGUCUAUUCGGUUUUGGGCAUAAAGCUUACGGAAGAAUGUGUCAUGGGAUCAAACGCGCUUAUGUGAUCUGGCCUCAUUUUGUCAUUAAUUAAUAAACUGCUGUUAGCACUGGCAUGAUUAAUUAGUUAAAUAAAAGUGGUUAAAACGAAUAUGCAGCUUAUUUUGGGAGUUGUUGUUUUUUCUUUGCGCAACGACAAUGCCUGAAACAACGAGUGAUUAAAAGUACAGGGCGAAAAGAAAAGAAAUCAGUUGGACUCAAUCUUUGAUUGCCUAAUGCCGUAAACGACUUGUCCUAAGGAUUUUCCCUUUGUCAAACCCUGCCGGUUGCUAGAAGGCCCUAGGAUUGCUAAAACCAAAUACAACCUCUUGAACCAGUGAGCGUAGAUUCUAGCUGAUUCGGUAGCGUCCCUUUUUUUGGAAGGUGAGAUUGUCUGUAAACUAACUAGUAGACUGUUGCCUGCAGGCUAAAAACACGGCACUGUCUUUAGAGCUUGUCAGAUGUACAGUAGCACCUUUUGAAUAGGAGUGAGUGGGAGGGGGCGGGGAACGCGGUUACUCCGCAGUUAAAGUCAGGGUGAAGAUCGAAAGAGGGCAAAAAACCCCCCCCCCACCCCCCACCAAAGAAAAAUUACAUCGACCAAAAAUUAAUCGCAGGGAAAAAAAAAGAAAUCCCAUGCUGAAUUUCUGAUCCUUUAGUGAAAUUUUUCCGCAAAGGAUUAAAUGAUAUAACACACAGAAAAUGGACAUGGGAUGUUUGUGGCGGUUAAUUCAUUGUCCCCCCCUCCCCCACAAUCCCUGCUUAAAUCAAGGCAUCCACAAAGCACUCUCCAGAUUUUACUGCCCAAAAAAAUAGAAUGGAAAACUUUUAAAACUUCCCAAAAUACAUCAGUCAUCUCCGACACAUUAACUUCGACUCCACCCCUCCCUGGGACUUUAAUGGAUUAGAUUUCUUCAUUACUUGUAAUAGUGUGUUCAAAGAUUUUGAACAAAUACGCCGCAGAACUUGAAGGACAAGUGAGUUUGGCCAUGCCCACAAAGUUUUCCUUUUCCCAUGCAUCGCCCGCUCAUUCCACCAAAAGCGGGUCACUUGGUUGAUUGAGGAACAGGAAGCUAUUUAGUCUUUUGAGCUAAAUCUACAUGACUAUCACUCCUACUUUAAGAAAUAAAAACUCAGAUUCUCUCCUUCCCUGCAUUGUCUGCAUUGUUUGCUUUGAAGAAGUCGCGUGUGGCUUCGUGAAGUUUCAGACAACCUAUUAAAAUGUGCUGGCGUCUCAGGGAUCAGGCCUCUGUUUAAUUACAACCUCUUAAAAUAACUUAAGUGAAAUUCACAUAUCCCAUAUUGCCAUACAGUUAACUAAAGGUAGUUUUUGGUGACGAUCUACAUGGAAACUCAUUGUAAACAUCGGCGGAAAUAAAUCUUUCCACGGUGGGCAGUCGGCAAAAAAAAUCCUUCCAUGUACAGUUCACCUGACCAUCUCUACACCGAAGGCACAAAGCAGGUCGUCCGUAAUAAAUAAGAGGUGCUCCGGACGGCUUUAUGGAGGUCCUCGGCGCCUUUAAUUUGAUGCCACAUUUUUACAAUAUCAUUGACAUUUUUUAAACUAGUAUUCUGAGUUAUUGGCGCUUCGGUCAAUUCAUCCACGCCACAGCGCGAAAGAAAAAGAAUCAGGCCUUCAUUUAUAAAUUUCUAUAGACUGCAAUGCAGCUGUAUUUUUGGGAGCGGGCGACGCCUAUGUUCGUCGGUAGUGCCGUGGCUGCCAUCUUUGAUUUUGUGUCUGAGAAAGAUUGGGGAGUGCAGCAUCCAUUGGAUAGAUCGCUUACGGCGAAAACACAAGGUGGAGUGAGUGAGGGCCAAAUCCUCUAUUUUUUAUAAUUCAACAUUGCGUUACGCGGUAGAACGUCAUCUCAUGCGCACCCUAAAGAAAACACCUACAAUACACUGGGCUACAGAUUCUUUUAUCUAUAUCGUAAUUUUACUGUAAAUGCACGGUAAAGUGAAUCGCCGAGAUCGACGUUGGGGGCCACAUAUCUACCGCUAAAACUUCCUUUUUUAAAAAUGAAGAUAUGAUCGUCGCAACAGUAAGUGCAAUUUAAGCAAUUACAAAUUAACCCGAAAAAAAUUUCGGCACUUCAACGGGAUUCGAAACCCAUAGCAUCUGCGUUAGCGCUGCUGUGCUCUAAACAAUUGAGCUAUAAAGACCCGUACAUUGCAUUGGGAGCAGGAAAAUUUGUUGAGUUCAUCUUAACCCGUGAAUGAAAUGAAGCAAUGAAGAUCAUGUAAACUGCGGUAUUACACAUUUGAAGAAUGAAGAUUUGAUCGUCGCAGUGGUCAUGAUAAGCAAGUGGAAAUUACUGAAAACCGAGGAGGGCGACUUAAAAGGCCCUCUGCUAUGCCGUGGCUUUACUACCUUAUCUACUGAUUUCAGCAACGUGCUCAUUUUACUCAAAAAAGUAAAAACAAAUUUCGGCAACAGUCUGGUUUUACUGUUAUCCGAUAAACUUCUUUAGUUUCAUCAAAUGUAAAAUUUAAAUUUUCGAAUAGGGAAAAAUUAAGCACACUAAGAACAAAAAAAUGGUCAAAAAUGGUCAAAAAUAAUAUAUAAAUACAUUGUGGACGCUUUGAACAUUGGUGGAAAACUAACGUAUGAAGAUCGAAGAUUUGCAUAAACUCAUAUUUUCAUGCUGAGCUGUCAUGGAGAGACAAAGAGGUUUAUUUUAAAUAAUGAAAUACAUUCAAUAUAAAUUAGUUUCAAAUAAAAAUAAUAUCUUCCCCACUGGCUGGGACACAAAAUGUCAAAAUCAAAAAGUCCUUUUUACGAUAAGCGUGUUAAAAAAAUUCUUUUUAUUAUUAUUCGAAAAUUACCGUCACUUUUCAAUGGCCUAAAUUUCCUGUGUAUUUCCUUUAGUUUACGAAACUUGGUAUGACCCGCGUGAUCGACCUUUUCUUAGUCAAAUUCAUUAAUUGAAAUUUUUCACUUACCAGACGAGAGUGUGUCUGCUAAAGACAGCAUUUCAGUUGUGAAUCUUCUUAGAAAGCGUAAAUAAUCGGUCUAAUUGUUAAGUUUAAGUUCAUGCCCAAGUUGAUCUGAACGUAUUAAACGCCACCGCGCGAAGCGAGCGGCGAGGAACAUUCGCGAGCCGCAAAAAUCAAUCCAAUUUGACUUCUUCUCAAUCUUCAAGCGGCUCCGCCGCCUUAACACAGCACUCGCCCACUAAUCCUACCAGCUACGUACUAGAUUACGUCCAUCUCAGCUCGCACUGACUUCACCGCGUUACGAUCUCAAGUUUCGCGCGAAUGAGUGCGUUUCGAUGCCUUUUGGCUCUUUCUGAGACUAUUUGCAUUCAAAACGAUGUCAUUCAUGCGGUGUGAAAUCGUACUUUUUUUACAUUACUAAUGUAGUGUACAGAUUUCUUCAUAGCAUAAAAAAUGUUCCGCGAUUAUUAGCAGCUGCGCCACCGAUCGACGACAGCAAUGAGACAGUUAAACCAAGGACAAAAAUGACUUAAAGUUCUUAAAGUUUUUAUACCACUCGCUCACUCGUAGAAGUGGGUCCGGCGGUCGGUAGAUUCAGAAAAGUUUCAUAAGAAGGUGCUGGAUCACGUCGUACACACUGUUAAACUAGCUAAGGGCGUUUAAUAAAUAUUUGACUGUGGACAUUUCAAUGACAUUUAAAAAAGGACGGUACAGGAUGGGAAGUUCACUUUCCCGCGUUCAAGGGACCUGUCAUGACAAAUAAAAUUCUCCCUUACAAAAAUUCAGGAACUGAAAUAUUGAUAUACCGGUAUAAAUUAAUCCAAAAUUUCAGCACUGCUCUUUUUCAGAAACUAAAUUAAUCACUUUUGCUAGAACAGAGAUAAAAAUGGCAGACCAUUGAUUUGAGCGAUUUUUGCCUUGAAAGCUAUAUAUAAGCCUAACGGCUGUAUGUAAAAUUUAGUAACAGUUUCAGUUCCAAUUCCAGUUUAAUUAUCCAAUCGGUAAUCUAAUUGUUACCACCUACGGAGCUGAAUACAAGUUUUGCCAAUGUGGGGAAAUCAACCUUAUCUUGCCUACACCUCUCUACAGCUUGUUUAAAAUAAUAAAGACGUGUAUAUACAGUAGAUUACGCCCGGUAACUCGACCUCUGAAGGGAAACUAAAAACAGUUCGAGUUAGACAGCGAGAAUUUGGGUUAUCGGCUUAAACAGUUAAGUGAAAUAUUGAUCAAGGGAAAGCAAACUUUUAGUCCGAGCUAGCGCCGGGGAAUUCGAGUUAUCCGAGUUCUAGUUAUUGAGGUUCUACUGUACUAGUUUAACAGUUGAACACAAUAAUAUGAAAUUUUGCAGUUCACUUCUUCAGCUGCGAACGUUUAUUAGUUAAUUUUUCCAAACGAUUUUCACUUUUUUCUUCCCUAUCUAGUACCGGCACCAAUUAGGCCCAGUUCCAACGUGGAACCAAACACGUACCGGACCUAAUGCAUAAAUCGCUAAUAAUUCAUUUUCACUGGUAAGAAUUGCAGAACAUUGUACAUCGUGAAAAAAAAAAUGAAUUGAGACCGACUAAUUAAGUUCCUACGUCUGAAUCAACCGUCGCAUUUCUGGGGGAAAAGUUGGUUUACACAGUAACUAGGAUUAAUGUCCCGUUUGUUUGCUUUCGCUUUUGAUUGCUGAACGGUACAGGUAAAGCGUUCUGGCUUAUUCAAUAAAAAUAACAUACUGGUAGAAGCAAUUUUGUUCAAGAAAUGCAAACCAAAAUAUUAUGAGAGCGAGAGAAAGCGAGAAGAAAUGACCUUCACGUAAGGAGCUCACUUCAUGGUUCAUUUCACUACAGUUCAUCACUCAGCAAGAUUUAUUUAACUUUCCCUAUCAAAUCUUUCAAAAAACAGGUAGUUAAAGUAAAUCGGUACCUGGCAGAUUUAUUUCCCGGAAUUGCUGCUUUAACUUUAUUUCCGUAGCCGGCCCUGUCGCUGUCGAAACGGAAGUCGAGUAAAUUAUGCUUAUUAUGCUCAGUCAAUAGCCAUGUGGCUCUUGGCUCAGUGGAGCAAGUCCGUCCCUGCUGUAAAGUGCCGGGAUAAUUACAUUUUCGGUUGUAGCGAAGCCUUUUCAAAGAAAACUCUUUACGGCGAUUGGUUAUGUUUUGAUUACUGUGAUCAAAUCUUCUUGAUUAUGUUUGCUAAUCGCCUCGAAAAUUAAUUCGAAGGUGGAAAGAUGGAAAAAUGGGGCAGUUUCUGGAAAAGUAUGUAUGGAAGCUUACAAAAGGGAUUUUCUGAUCGGUCUCUUUGUUUGUUUCGCUUUGGUAAGGAACUUUCUACUUAAACUGAUAGACCAAUUUUAAACUAAAGGAUUUAAUUAGUUCCGAGAGAAAACCUCGGAGCCGUUUGAGAAGCACUCUGUCGUGUCGGGAUAUAAAGAACCCGACUUUCGCGAAAGUCAUACUAAGUAAUUGUUUUAAAUAUCUUAUUUUAUGUCCAAGAUUUAACGAACAGAGGAUAAAAGGCAGAAAAAGAUGAAGAAUAGAGAACAGUCUAAGGUAAGUCCUAACUUUAGCUUUUUAAUAUAGCGACGUGCUAAUUUUUCUCCGAAACGAAAAAAAACAAAUUUCAGCAACCGUGUAGUGUGAGGUAAAGAUGAAUUAGUUUGGUAAACUUAAAAUUUGAAAGAUUCGUAUACAGAAAAACUAAGAACACUCAGACAACGAAAACUGGCCACAAAAAGUCAAAAAAUAAAAUAUAAUUUUGCCGAAGUCAGUGGAAAACUUAACACGUCUGAGUAUAAAGCGGGAUUUGCAUAAAGGCUUUUUUAUGCUAGACUUAAACGAACAGACAAAUAUGUAUUAUAAUUUUCUAACUGAUUUACCCAUACAUUGCAAAGUCUCAAAUUUUAUUUUCUUUCGCAUCUGGCUUCCGCUUUUAGAAUCAAAAGAGUGACAAAUUGUCAAAAUCAAGAAGUAAUUUUGCCGAUAUAGGUUUCCAAAACAAUUUUUGAUAAAUAUUCAAAAACUCGAAAAAAAUAGCUCUCUUCAGGGCCUAAAUUUCAUGCCUUUACUGGCUUGUGAUAUUUUAGUCUGUUUCCUUUAUUGAAUUCAGCAAAAUCCUCCAGGGAGUGUCUAAUAAUUAUUAUAAUUGAUUUGUGAGUCUAUAGAAACUGAAUGAUAAUUCCUUUCUUAUUCACUUCACAGUGUUACUGUUAAAAACAACAUUUUAGUUGAAAAAUCCGGUUAGAAAAUAUAAAUAACUGGUAUAAUUUUAAAGCUCAUCAGAACUUGAAGCGUACAUCGGCUCCACUGACUUUACCGCGUUGAUCUCAAGUCUCGCACGGGAUUACUCGCGCGAAUGAACGAAUGCGUUUCGCUCAAAUGCCUUCUGGCUCUUCCUGAAACUGAAAUGCAUGCAAAAAGAUUUCAAGUUCAUGAUUUCAAACCAUUGUUGUGUGGAAUUAUAUUCUAUUUAAUGUAAUUCUUAGAUUUCUCCAUUGCAAGAAAUAUGUUCAGCGAUUUUUAGCAGCUAAAUAGACCCUUAAAGAAAGAAGUAAUGGGAACGUUUUGAGAAAAAAAAUAAAAGUCCACUGUGGAAAAUUUAGCACGUCAUAUUUCAGAUUUGCAUGUGGUUGACAGACAAAGAAGUUUUCUAACUGAUUUACGCAGUACAAAGAAUCCAAAAUUAUUAUCUUUUGUCCCUGGCUACUGGUAUAAGUUUCAAAAGACAGAAAAUCUCAGAAACAGAAUUAUUCAGUUCUCGAUAUAAGUGUUCAAAACAACUUGUCUAAUAAGAUUAAUAUUCGAAAAUGCAAAUAAAAAAAAAGCGACAAAAACUGGCAUAUAGCUUGACAUUUUAGUCUGUUUCUUUUAAUGAUAUUUUCACUUGAAGUGUUACUUUUUUAGACAACAUUUAAGUAGAAAACUCAACCCUCUGAGCGAAAAUAAUCAUUAAAUAAAUUUAAUGUUGGUGGCUAAUAGUUAAGCCCAUAGAACCCGGUCGUAGCCCUUUCCACUUCACCAUGGUCAUCCGCGUUUGCUCGAAUUGAAUAAGUGCGUUUCGCUAACGCCUUUCGACCCUCUCUGAUAUUGAAAGCAAAGAAGAUUUUCUUAUCAAGAUUUUCAUAUGGUCAUUUGUGGUGCUAGGUCGCUACCACACUAUUAAUUUACUGUUCAAUUUUUUUUGCAUUAUGCAUUCAACGAUCGGGUUUUCGAUUCGUCUCCAAUCGCUCGUUGAUUCUGAGUAUUAAAAAUGUGUUGUUCGUUUGUUAGAAACUUAAGAAAAGACUGAGCCUCAUAACUAUGCGCCGGAUCACGCUGUAUAGUUAUUAUAAACUAAGGUCUUUGAAUCGCACAAGAGAAAAAUAGAUAUCCGAUGUUACGAUUGUCAUUAAUAAGGCAAUACACAAUAAAAUAAAUUAAUACUAAUCAUAGAAUCCUAACUAUCCUGUACUGAGGUUGUGUUCAAAUAAUUAAUCUAUUUAAAAAGGCAGACAUGAAACGCACAGUUCAUUUUAGGACUGGCACAUUGUUUUUAGGGAGAUUAUAAGAACCGACGUUCUUUGAAGAAACAUAUGGAGCUAGCGGGUGAUAGUAUUUAUUAGAGGUUACUUUCUUAAAAAUUUUACAGUCUUGCUUCUUUUAUUAAUAAAUCCUUAAUCAAAAGGGGGUAAGAAAUAAAACGGCUCUAACGACAUCUAAACAGUUCUAUAUAAUAUUGAGAUCAGGUUCAGACGCUCCGUAUACGGGUAUAAACCAUAGCUAAAAUUAGGUAAAACCAAGAAAGUAAACAAAUGAUCUAUUUCAGCUGGUGAAUAUUGCUCUUUUCUAAGGGUUCUUAGAACAUUAAGACAUUUGUUUGCGUUAAUUAAUUUAAGAUUAACAUCUGCCCGAAACUUUCAAUAACUCGGGAUCGUAUACCCCAGUAGACUCAACUCCACUGAGGAAUGUCAAAUACAGGGUUAUAUUGAGAAUUAGUAUAUACACACUCAGUGAUCUUGGUAAUUCAAGCAAUCUGAUUGGUUAGCUAUCUCGGACUAUGACGUUAUAUUCACCGCGCUAGGCGGUGAAUAUAAAGCCGAACAAAAUCGCUGUCGUGAACUGGGUGUUUUGCCAAAGUUUCAAAGUAAAACCUUUUUGAAAAUACACGAAUAUCCAAGUGCUGAUGACUUUGAAGGCAAGAAAAGACUUCAUGGUGUUUAAACAGCGUGAUUUAUUGUGGAGUGGUUUACUUUAGCUGACUUUUUGUACGCUCGAAGCUAUGUUUACCACUACAGAGGAAAACGAGGUCGCUUUGUCACUGUUUUGAGAUUUCGGGAUUUUCUCGCAAGACCAAUUUUGCCUAUAAAUAGAAGUUAAUUUAUGGAGAAGAGAGGAAGGCAAAUAUUUUCGAAAAUUGUACGUGCCAGCAAGUUAACACGGCAAAGAACUUUGGAGAUAAUCAACGCUCACCUUGAUCGCAGCCGCUGUUGACAGCAUUUGCCAGAAGCGGCGAAGAAAACUUUGUCAUUCACGGUGAGUUGACAGAAACAAAUAAAGCUCUAGAUACUUUGCUUCUCAGAAUUGGGUAGUAAUUUAAAUUUUCGGCGUUUUCUUUUAAACCGUUGAUGCUAAAGCUUACAAAACUCGAUACAAAAGGAUUAAAACUAUCAUUUGCCAUGUUUGAAGAUACUGUAAAGAUCUAACUUUUGCGCAUUCACUGUUUACGGCUUCGUGUUCACGCAUGAAUUUUCACCCGUCAAUCAAACUAAUCGUUUUUUAAUGGUUUCCUUUCUGAUUGUGUUGAGAUCACUUCGUGUGAAUAUACUAAAACAAUUAUUCACCUCAGGCUCAGUUAAUAUUGUUGAAUAAUCCCCUCGACUUCGUCUCGGGGAUUAUUCAACAAUAUUAACUUCGCCUUCGGCGAAUAAUUGUUAAUUAAUGUUGCGUUCAGUACUUCUGAAGAUAAGUUCCGGCUGUACAUUUUUUCGGAUUGUAAGACAUGUUUUUUUCUUUAGACCAUGCCAUGAAACAUCAUACUUGGAAACGGCAUGUAAAGUAUAUGACGGUGCAGGUUUUUAAACUAGAAGGCUAACCGAUCUUCGAUGCAGCGAGAGGCUAUUGACAACAUUUUAGUAUUUACAUUAACGAACAAAAUCAACGGAUUUAUUGCAGCGUAUGAAACUUAAUAAUAAGUUUUCCAAAAGCUUUUUCCAAAAGCUUUUGAGUCAAUUAUUUUCGGUUUAUAUGGAACAACUUAACAAACACAUUUUUAUUGACGGCUAAUCAGUGUUCGAAAGAGAUUAUCCCGUCUGGCAGUGUAUUAUAACAGAUUAUAGGCUAAUAGACGGAUAUCUUGCCAAUCUAGACUAACUAUCAGAAUCGGUUGUUCUUCAAGUUUCUUGCAAUUGUUGUGAAUAUUAGUUUCUUUUAUGAGUAGACACAGUUUUUUCUUGUAAUGUAUUUAAUGUAUUUUUAUGUAUUGUGCUCGAACAUGUUAGCUCGCAAGCUGCUCUGACAACAUUGGAAUGCCUUAUGUAUCAGGUAUGUAUGUUGCCUGUGCCGUUAGCCUUUUUGUUUCAUAUGUUGAGCAAAUAUCCGAAAAAAAAAAUUUUCUUAGCAAAAACUUUCUCGAUCUAGUUUUAUUUAUUUGGUCACUCAAAAUAUAAGCUUCUCGGACUUCACGAUAAUUCGAUUAACUUUCCCGAUAAACUGACGAAUCUAUUCUCAAGUCAGGCACUUAAAGUCCCAGUUUGUAGAAACUCCCAAUAUUUUGGACCAAUUUAAUCUGAUUUCCUUAUGAAGUUCCAAAACGCCGCAGCAUUCCUCUGUAUUUCCAUUUUUCUAACUGAGCUCAGUGCACAAAAGAAAAUUAUAAUUUUACAAAGUCAUGUGCGUCGGUUACCUUAUCGUGCGGCUUACAUGGGCAAUUUUGUCGAGCAGCGUUUUCAUUUUAUCUUAUGUAAAACUAACGUCGAUUUAACAUGGCAAUUUAAUCGCAAUUUCAAAAGCAAUAUCUUUUUUCUUUAAAAAAUAUCAUUUUUUGAAACAUAGAAAUAAGUUCGAAAGGCGCAAAUGUGCACUAAUCAGACUAACCGUUGCGCUUGGAAUACGAUCUUUAAGUUAAUUGAAAAAGGUAAUAAUACCAAACAAAUUUGACUCAGCUUUUUUACAGGAGGCCUAUUUUUUAAUUUGAGGUUGUGAUGUCGCCAUACCCCUAACUUGAGAUCAAGCUCUAUUUUCGUUUCGGUUGACAAAUAAAUUUCCGGCGAGAAAGGCGAAACGCGAACGCGUAAGUGAGAAUAUAUGCAUUCUAGCCGCUAAAUUUGGGCCUGAUCUCAGGUUACCAUGCCCCAAGUUUGCAAACGACAACAUUUACCAUGGGUAUUACAGUUUCUCCAAAGCAGGAUAGGGAUAAACUGUACGUACAUUACUGCAUUUUUCGAUCAAAAUCGUUUCACUGCGACAUGCCUAAGGCAAAUCGCGCUGCUAUCUCCUUGAAAAAUGUGGGAAUUUGCAGUUGAGACCAAAACAAAGCUCAUGUCGCGCGAUAACUGGGGCGAUAAAUUCUCCCCGUACCACUGAGCCUUUCAGGCCCUGUCAGAAAAGAAUUCCGGGAAAAGCAGCUUUGGUGGACUAAGUGUUUCGGUAAGCAAAGAUCUCAGUUUACCGCUGUACCGGGUAAGAGAUGAUCUUGCUAAUGCGACAUUGGGCAGGCCGAAUUUCUACUAGAGAUGAUUUAUCCGUCUCUAGUAAAGAUUCGGCCAUUAUAUAAACCUGAUCAGCAGUGUUUAAAACGAUCUUGAAGAAGGCUCAAUUCUGUGACUUUUUCAGUCUGAACGCUUGUACUUGAGUAUCAUAUCUCGAUAACACUUGACAGUUAAAUUUCUGGCCCUUUAUAACUUACUUUAAUACCUUCAAUUUUUUAUAAAACAAAAAUAAUUAUUAUUUUUAAUUCAGUGACUAGAAGCGCGUAUGCAACAUUUAUUAUAUUUGUAGCUGUUUCAUUUUUGAACACAACAUUAAUAUGCAAAGGCCGAAUACUCCACAUUCGGAGCGUCUACCUAACAUAGUUUAUUUGCUUUUUUUGAAAUGAAGUUAGCAUUGACCUUAAUGAGACGAGCAAACGUUAAUUUUACAAGUAGACAAAGCGUAAGUGUUAAUCAGUCUAAACUAGAACAAGAAAAAGUUCGCAUUUUUAAACAAUGAAUGGUGGUGGGCAAAAUAAACAACUGAAGGCAAUAAAAAGGUUAACUCAGCCAAGAAAAUCAUUCACUUGGCAAGCGUGCCUCAAGUGAGGGAUCAAGAAACACUGCUGAUAGACCCUGAUAGGGAAGAGAAGCUUUGGAAGAAAUUGGUAAGAAAAUAAGCCUUAAGUCUUAGACUUCACAUUGUCCUUCGAAACUAAUUAUUUUUCCUUUGCAGUUUCAGACUGAUUAUAUUUUCUCCGAAGAUGUUUCGAUCGUGUCCACUGUUUUUCCUCUUGCUUGGCCUUUUACUGGUAAGUUUACCGUGAGUUGUGAUGUUAAAAUCCCCUUGUCAGUUUCCUAAUAGGCCAUUUUCACGAUUACAUCAUUUGACAACAACUUCAAGAGUCCAUUUUGUUUUUUGCUUUUCUAUUUAAAUUUGUCAAGCCCAUUGAGUGUUGGAAGUAUUAAUGACCAAUUUUACAAAUAAAACAACAAUUAAAAAGUGAACAACUCUGCUAACCGUUAAGUUAACAAAUGAUGCCAAUCAUGCAAUUGUCCUGUUUUCCCCCUUUUAUACCCCAUAUCGCCCGUACCCUCCUGUCCCUCCUUAGCAACAGGUUUCUCUAUGCUUCCCCUCCGAUACUUCCCUGUAUCCUCCAUGUAGUCCAUGUUCCCCGUUAUCUUAUCUAUAUAUCCUUGUUCUAUUAUUCUUCCUACUGGCGCCCGGUUCCCGAGAGGACGAUGCGCUCCAAAGGGAUCAAAAUUUUACUACGCAAUUGUUUUGAACUUCCCAUAUGUUAAAUUCGAUUAUCAUGGAUCUCACAGUAAAGGCUCAACAAUAUAUUUUGUGCUUUUCGUGGGCAAGAGGCGUACGCAUAAAAUUUGUGUUAGCCUUUUGUUGAACUUAAUCAUCCUUCGAGGAACCGUGCCCAUUACUCCCGUGUAUUCCCAUACCCUGUUCAUACAGUCUUCUCAUCUAUAAUCGCCUUGUACUCCCAUAAAAAUUAUCUACUCCCUUGUAUCGUCUUUGAUGUAAUCCCAUAUAUCCCCGUACCCUUCUACAUAUACCCUCUACUCCCUUGUAUCGUCUUUGUAUUCCCAUAUAUCCCCGUACCUUCUACAUAUACCCUUUACUCACUUGUAUCGUCUUUGUACUCCCAUAUAUCCCCGUACCCUUCUACAUGUACCCUCUACCCACUUGUAUCGUCUUUGUACUCCCAUAUAUUCCCGUACCCUUUUAGAUAUACACUCUACUCCCUUGUCUCGUAAUUGUAAUCCCAUAUAUCCCUGUGCCCUUCUACAUCUACCCUCUACUCCCUUGUAUCGUCUUUGAAAUCCCAUAUAUCCCCGUGCCUUCUAUAUCUACCCUCUACUCCCUUGUAUCGUCCUUGUACUCCCAUAUAUUCCCGUACCCUUUUAGAUAUACCCUCUACUCCCUUGUAUCGUCUUUGUACUCCCAUAUAUUCCCGUACCCUUUUAGAUAUACCCUCUACUCCCUUGUAUCGUCUUUGUACUCCCAUAUAUUCCCGUACCCUUUUACAUAUACCCUCUACUCCCUUGUAUCGUCUUUGUACUCCCAUAUCAGGCCCGUACCCUUCUUCAUAUACCCUCUACACUGAUGUAUUGUUCCUGUACUCUUAUAUAUCCCUAUAGCUUUUUACAUUUCGCCUUUACUUUCUUCUUAUAAUACCUUUAAUGAAUCUGCAGGACAACGGCCUUGGAAAUUCCUCGGUAAAACCGCGGAGCAAGCGAUCUUACCAUCACAGUCAUUCAAAGAAGUUAUCGAUAAAAGACCUUGCUCUUGAGCUGGCAAAAAAACAUGUAAGUACACUAGAACCUCGAUAAAAGGAACUCGGAUAAGUCGACCUCCCCGCUAACUCGAAUCAAGUCCCAUUUCCCUUUGAUUUCACCCCACUUUUGAGCAUUUUUACUCGGUGAACUCGAACUCUGAUAACUCCAAUUCCUUGCUAGCUAGAACAAAAUUUCCUCUCCCUUUUGAUAAAAAAUUCACUGAAAUUUAUCCCAAUAACUCGAAUUCUGGUUCUUGUAACUUAACUCGGAUAUAUGCCAUCUCGUUAGCUCUUGAAACACUAAAACUAACACUAGUCAACACUACAGCAAUUUGAUUUUGCAAAUGAUUGGCGGCAACGAACACAUCAGUCUCGGUUUACCAUAAAAAAAUGGAUAAUCAUAUCACUGUCUCUGAUGAAAUAGUAAAAUUGCAUUGCACUACACACUAAUGUGCUGACUGUCUCAAUUCAACUUUGUUUUAAUUAACUGUUUUUUUGUCGCCAUCUCAUCUGCGUCUUCCUUAUUCGCUACUUUCCAGUCCAAUUUAUCGCUUGCCGGAGUUUACUCUGACUUUUUUAUAAGCCUCAUCAGGAAGCGCGGUAAUAAGAUUUCACGUCGAUUUUUUAUGUUACAGCCAUCAAAGCCACGUAGGCAGUUUCACUUUUUAAAAUCUGCUUUUUACUAAGCAUGAGGUUUUUGAUAUUGUGGGCUUUUGGCUGCUAUUGUUAAUUCUAAAUGAAACAAAGUAGUUGUCUUCCGUUCUUCCUUUUCACAUUUUUAGUUGCUGAAGAUGAUCAUUAAUGAGCAGCAUGACCUGGACAAAGCCAAGGAAAGUGUUUAUAUUCUUCAGAGAGGUUUGCUUUUUGUUUGUUGACUUUGUUGCUUCACACCGUUUCCUUUUAUUCUUCGACGCGCAAGCAAAUUUUAGGCAUCACUAUUAGCCUACGUUAUCGAUGGUUAAAAUUAAACACGCAAAGCGAAGUCUAUGAAUAGUUUUUUUUUCGAAUGAAAGCUAACUUGACACUUCAAUCGCUUUUACAGGCACCCCAAUCAAUAUCGACAAACAAAGAUAAAUCAGGUUAAACAACUAGGCGAUCUAAAAACGUUCCAAGGUGCUGACAUUGCGACUAAGGAGACAGAAAAGGAAUUCUGUGAGGAAUUUAUCAUCAGUCAUACGUUGUCUAUUUCUUGCAGAUAGCUGCACUCACAUCAAGUCCAUUGGCAAACCUGUUAUUCACAACGCAAGGUACGUUACUCAAGGAGCAUGGAUGAAAGAUCCGCUUGCAAUCAUGGGUGCUGAGACCAUAUUCGUUAUGGAGAACUACUACGCUAACGUACUUGAAGAAUUUGAAAACAUGGACAAGUUCAAAGCAGGCAUCCCUCGUAAGAAGUACAAACUGCCUUAUUACUGGGACGGGACAGGAGGAGUGGUGUAUGGACCUUACCUUUACUACAACAGGUAACUUUGUACUUGUCGUUAUUUGUAUUCAUUCAAUCUGAGUAGAGUAUAGCCAAUUGCAAAGAGAUUAUUUCUUGGACUAUAUUUAGGCAGUAAAACUGUUUUCUGUCCUCUCCAGUGUGUCGCUUCGCACCGAACCAUUAUUCAAAUCUCAAUCCCUAGACGCCGUCAGCAAUUAUUCCGUAAUGUUAAAAUUUAUACGAGAUUGCGUUAUUUUAUUUUGUAAUAUGUAUAAUGCAAACAAGGGAUUAAACGAUAUAUUAUUAAAUGAGACUGAGUAUGAUGUGAAGAAUUAUACAGGUCCAAGAGAACGGAGGAGGAGUUUAACAAGCUUUAAGACCUCCUCGCGAGGACUUUCUGCAAAACUUUGGCUUAUUUCAGGUUACAAACCGGUGUUUUUUUCCUGCAGAUACUCCUCAAAAAGUAGCAUCCAUCGAGGGAUUUGUUUUGCAUAUUCCUGCAUUUCUUCCGUUCAGUUUUAGUCAAAAAUUCAGCUAUUUCGUCUUUGGAUAGCCGCUGAACACCAUUUUUUUAGGCUGCCGCGCCUGGAAACGAGGUUGAUCUAAGGGAUAUUGGCCUGGAAACGAGGCUUCUUGGGCAAUACCAUCGAAUCGAUGGUGAAUUUCUUUUCAACUGCAAAUUAGGUAAACGACGUCUGGAUUAUUAUGAAGAAUUAGCUGGGGCAUUUGAAAAGGCGAAAUACUAGUGAAUGAAUAAAAAGGGAGUAAAACCUCUUCUUUUAUCAGCUAGCUUGCCACGUCAGGUAUCGAGCUGUACUCAAACCGAUAUUGCUUUCACCUAACGACAUCUUUGAAAACUUUCAAGCACGUACAUUCCGUACUAUAAUUUUUCUCUUAACGGACUCAUACUUUUUAAUUGUGUUGUUUUUGUGUUGUUAUGGCAGAGGGGGUACGAACAACGUCGUCAAGUACAAUCUGCACACUGAGCGCGAGGAGAAACAGAUAGGCUUGCAUGGUUCAGCGAGGAAGACCAAUUACCAGUGGGGUGGCUACACUCAAGUUGAUCUGGCGGUUGACGAACAAGGAUUAUGGGCCUUAUGGGGCUACAAUGGAAACAGCUACAGACUGAGAGCGCAAAUGAUAGAUGCAUACAAAGGAAUCUUAACCCACGCUUGGCACUUAAGUUCAGGUACCAUAUAACACUAAAGAGCUCCUUAAACUAGGUACAAAAAUGCCAUGCAGUAUUAUAAACAAGGCUAAUGAACUAAAAAAAAAAAACGUUGUUAAAUUUAUUAUUAAUUCAGAGCCAUUGCAAUAACCUGCCAGUAAGUAAAAGGAGUCAACAUCAUUCCGUCCUCUCUCAAACGCGUAUAUCAUUGGCAUCCUUUAAUUGUUUUAAGGUAUCAUCCACCCUUCAAAACCUUGCUAGCGAUCGUAGUUGUAAUAAUUACCCCUACAAACCGUACGCACAUUUUCUAAAAGGGAAAUAGUUCCAGAUUACAAAUAAUUUCUUUUAAAACUCCAAAAUUAUUGCGUUUAAGACACGAUGUGCGUUUUGCAAAGUAGAUGCCAGCCAAAAAUUCGCCUCUUUUGCACAUUUGACUGCAACUGAAAUCCUAUCUCAGACCUUUGUCAAGUGCGUUUGUUCUUUCGUUGUAAGCAGAUGACGUUAGGGAUGACAAGUCAUUAGUAAUAUCCGUGAAAAAAAUAAUAUAACCACGGAAAACAAAAAAGAAAUCAAAAUUCGCUAACACAGUUUUUUAGAAUCACAAUCUGACGGUAAGUUCACUUGGCCAAAUUCCUGGGAAUCGGUUCAACUUGACGCUCAACUUGGCCCGAUUUUCAUUUCGAGAAAAAAAGGAAAAAUCAGUAUUAAAAUAAUUAGAAUGUAAAAUUUUUUUCGCUACAUAAAUCAGCGCAAAUAUAAAAUUUUUUCUUUUUUUUUUAACAGGAAAGUUGUCGGCGAGUUCUGUCUAAUUAUCUUAAUAGGCCCUUUGCAGCUUGCAUGCCAUUCACGUGGUACAAAACCGCCAUGUUGGGACGCAAAAGUUGCACUAGGACAAGAAAAACAAAAGAAAUUACCAUUUAAAAUUAUGUAUGCCUUUAGUUGGUCUUGCCCCAUUGCGACUUUUGCGUCCCAACAUGGCGGUUUUGUGCCACGUGAAUGGCAAGCUGCAAAGGGCUUAUUCUGUCUUAUUUCUGAUCUUUUCAUGGGUGAUACCUUAAAACUGAAUAUCAUUUAACUUGGCAAGUCUGCAUCAGACUCGUUCAACUGAAGUGUCAACUUUGCAUACCGUAAGUGGAAACUAGUUUUAUUAUCUUAUUCCGAGUGUCCAUUUAAUAUCACUUUGCAGAAAGGAUGAGCUCAAUGGGAAAUGCUUUUGUGGCCUGUGGGGUGAUUUACUGUAUUGACUCCUAUAACUCCAGGACAACAACCAUCAACCAUGCUUUAGACACCAAGACUGGAAAACAGUGGAACCCCAACAUUCAGUUCACCAAUCAGUUCGGCUACAAUUCCAUGGUGGCCUACAACCCCAGAGAAAGAGUGCUAUACGCCUGGGACAACAGGCGUUUGGUCACUUAUCCCAUCACAUUUGAGAAACAUUAGGCUGAUUACUGGAUCAGCGGGUGAUGGGUUUGAAAACAAUCUGAUAUUUUAAAGGGAUGCUUUGCUAUUAAAAGGAGAAAAUGGGGCAGUUCACAGCAAGCGAGUUUUACCAUGACUCAAGUAACAACUGAACAACUAUACUGAACUAUGCAGCCGGCGUGGCAGGCGCAAAAAAGUGUGACCGCUUUUGAUUUAUUCACAUUCUUUCGUGCAGAUUUAAUCCAAUCAGAAGCCAGCUGGAAACUGUCCUCGACUUCU